UUUUAACUAAAUAAAGCAGCUGAAUCCGGAGUUUUUCUAAAAAUGGAGUGGAUUUGCUAAUCUGUUAAUUAGAUUACUCUCCCUGCCUCGUUGCUUCCUGCGUCCAUAUACAUACCUACUGGUAACUUUAGCGACACAUAAGCAGAAAUCCUGCUCUGAAGUGGCUCUUUUUUUCUUUCUUUUUUUAAUUUUAUGAACUUGUGAAACCUGAUUCAAAACCAAGGAUGGCCGUCCCUUCAUUAAUUUUAGCUGCUUUUAUCUGCUGGAUGAGUCUAGGUAAUGUAUGGGGAAAUGAAAAGAUAUACUCAGACAACAUCACUCGCAUUCUGGACAGACUUCUAGAUGGUUAUGACAACAGACUGCGACCCGGUUCUGGAGGCGGCACCACCGAGGUGAAGACAGACAUCUUUGUCACCAGCUUUGGACCCGUUUCAGAUGUUGAAAUGGAGUACACCAUGGACAUGUUCUUCCGCCAGAUGUGGGUUGAUGAGAGGCUGAAAUUCGAGGGCCCCAUUGAAAUCCUGCGGCUGAAUAACCUCAUGGUGGACAAAAUCUGGACGCCAGACACUUUCUUCAGAAACUCCAAGAAGUCCAUUUCCCAUAACAUGACCACACCCAACAAGCUCUUCCGCAUCAUGCAGAACGGGACUGUCCUUUACACCAUGAGGCUCACAAUCAGUGCAGAGUGUCCAAUGAGCCUGAUGGAUUUCCCUAUGGACGGCCACUCCUGUCCUCUACGGUUUGGAAGCUAUGCAUACACCAGCAGUGAAAUUCUAUUUACCUGGAGGAAGGGGCCAAUAGCUUCCGUGGACUGUCCCAAAGAGUCAAUGAGUCUUCUGCAGUACGAUCUUGUGGGACAGACUUUGUCCAGUGAGAUAUUCAAAUCAAACACAGGUCACUACUCUGUGCAGGUGGUCCAUUUUCACCUCCAGAGGAAGCUGGGCUACUACCUCAUACAGACCUACAUUCCUCUUAUCAUGGUUGUCGUACUGUCACAAGUCUCUUUUUGGAUCAACAAAGAGUCUGUUCCUGCACGCACAGUUGCUGGCAUCACCACAGUGCUGACCAUGACCACCUUAAGCAUCAGUGCCCGCCAGUCUCUACCUAAAGUAGCCUAUGCCACGGCAAUGGAUUGGUUCAUUGCUGUGUGUUUUGCCUUCGUGGCGUCAGCUCUCGUCGAAUUUGCGGCAGUGAACUACUUCGCCACCUUGCAGGCCCACCGUCUGAAGAAGAAGGCAGCCAGACAGGAGAAGCUUGAGGUCCUGGCCACCGGCAGCGAUGAUGAUGACACAGUUUCGGGAUAUGGAGCUAGACUGAGAAGACCUGGAAAAGGGCAUGUGCAGCCUGAGAGACCUUCAGCAUCCAGCCGGCUUCACCUCACCCUCCUCUGCCUCAGCGAACGAGCUCUCAGCAUUCACUGUGCUCUCAUCUGACAGAGGAAAUGAAUCAGAAACUCAUUUAUUCUCCCGCUGCACAUCUAUUCAUUUCACAGGCUAUGACCACUGCCCACUUGUGUUCUGAUCAGUAGCUGAAGAGCCGCCCUUUCACGGGCCUCGGCCACUUUAAAACCCCACCGCGGCACACAUGACAACUUCUGAGACCCCCGGACCGAAGCUGACGACACACACACACACACACACAUGGUAUGCAUGACGCCCACACACACGCACAAACCAAGAAACACAUCAAAAAGAUGUGGAUGAUAUAAUCUAUGAUGGCUUUAACUGGUGGUGAUGCAACAGUGAACCAACACUUUCAGAAGCCUGCCCUCUACAGAAGCACAGCUCCCACUACAACAACAUCAAAGGCAAUUUAGAGGAGGCUGCAUCCUUCCUUGAAGCCUCAAAAAUGUACUGAAACCUGAAGAAGAAGAAGAAUUGUGGGCUUGUGUUUUCCAUCCCACAUUUCUGCUUUGGUGCUCCCCUUGCAUUUCCAGAAGUACAGCAGGUCCUCUGGAAACGCUGCAGGGAGGAGUACGUUAUAUACCCAUGGGUGAUGGUGGUAUUCUUUUCCUAUUCUUGUAUGUAAGGUGCAUAAAAGAUAGUUGUGUAAAGGUGGACUCGUGUACCUGUGAUGGAUUGAUUCUGUUUUUCACCACUUAAUAUAUCCGGUAAGAUGAAAACAGAGGGAAUAAAGUUGUUCUUAACUUAAUCUGACCAUUUUAAAUCCUGCAGUUUAUCCCAUUCUUCGACCUUGUCAGGAAAUAGACAAACUCAUCUGCCGUGUAAUCAGCACGAAGAAUAAAAGCAGCCUAAACGAA